AUGAGAAGGUUUAGUGCCACGGUAAGCGAAUCACGUUCUGAUGGACAAUUUCAGCAAUCAGACGAAACACAACCGACUAAUUCAAUCUUCAGCGGGGAUAAUGGAAUUUCUUUGGAAACAAUUAGUUCUAACACUUCCGAUGAUUCCUCUAGAUCUGCUUACUCGACCGAGCAACCGUCCAACCUUAUGACUUCGAGCAACCCUCCAAAAAAUAGAUGGCGGAUUGCCUCAACAAUAUUGUUCAAUUUUACAAGUGGGUUUAGCGAUGCUGCUCCUGGUGCAUUGUUGCCACACAUUGAAAACUAUUACAACAUUAAUUACGCCAUUACAUCAUGUAUAUGGGUUAGCAACGCAGUGGGGUUUAUUUUAAUUGCCGCAUUCUCUCACAAGAUCCAGCCUUGGUUUGGGAAACGCAAUAGUUUACCCAUAGGCAAUGCUCUAAGUUGUGUGAUGUAUGCUAUUGUUGCCAGCGGAACCAAGUUUCCUGUUGUUGUGCUUGGGUUUUUCUUUGGUGGUUGUGGGUUGGCCAUGGUUGCUGCUCAAUGUAACAUCUUUUUGAGCCGGCUAGAUAAACAAAGUAAAUAUUUGGCCUAUUAUCAUGGUGGUUACGGAAUUGGUGCUACCAUAAGUCCAUUGAUAGCAACAAGCAUUGUCAACAGCGGAGUCAGCUGGAAUUUUUUUUAUUUGAUUUUAUUGGGCUUAAUGGUAGUCACGGCAAUCAAUUUGUAUUUCUCCUUCCAAAAUGCCGAUGAAGACUUAAAACCUUGGGAUCACGAUGAGGCGGCUCACAGCUCAUCGACUUCGGUUGAAUUGGAAAACUUGGACUCAAGGCUUACAAACACCACUAACAAUGCAAACACCACCACCCAAGCGUCGGAGAUGGUGUUGGCCUUGCAAAGCCAUGUCACUUGGUUGAUAGCAUUCUUCUGUUUGUGUUACCAAGGAGCAGAAGUUUCUUUGGCUGGAUGGAUAGUCACAUUUUUGUUAGACUACCGUCAUUCCGAGGCAAAUAGCACUGGGUACAUUGCUUCUGGUUUGUGGGGUGGGCUUACAUUGGGACGAUUGUUGCUAACCAGACCAAUUCACAAAUACAUCGGAUUGAGAAGGGGUGUCUUUAUUGUUUCAUUAGUUUCGAUUAUUUUGGUGUUGCUAACGUGGGUGGUGCCGGUUAUUGUUGUUGAAGCUGUUUUGGUUUCCCUUGCAGGUAUUUUUAUCGGACCAAAUUAUCCAUUGUUGAUUACUUACGCGGCUUUGCCUGGCUUGAUCCCCAGAAAGAUUCAGGUUGUCUCGAUCACCAUUAUGACGGCCUUUGGGUCAACCGGAGGUGCACUAUUCCCAUUUAUAGUUGGUGUUUUGCUGCAAAAAGUUGGUACAUUUGUUGUUUUGCCUGUUUUCAUUGUGCUUUAUGCGUUUAUGGUUUUCCUAUGGAUGCUCUUACCUAAUACAGAAAGACAAAAUAAACAAAACCAAACACAAUUGAAUUUUUGGGAAAGGGUUUGGUAA